AUGGAUGAACAGGAAGCCAAUGAUGAAUACAAAGCAGUCACGUCUGUCUUGUCAUCGUUCCACAACUUCCACACAUUCCAAUUGAACCAAUUGGUGUCACCACGACUUCAAACACUUGCGACAUUAACAAGUAGAGAUCAACUACGAUUCGUUCCCUGGUACGAGCAACACACCCAGUUCGUACAACAAUGCAUAGAGAUAAAUCGGGACUUCUGUCAACACUUGGCUGAAAAAAUUGGUCAGGAUUGGGGAGUCAAUGAGUCGUCACCAACAGAUUGGACUCCAGCAUCACCUAAACAAUUUGCACAAACACAGAUCGUAUUGCUGCGAUUAAUGAGAGAAUGGAGUGACCAAGGUGAGCAAGAGAGGCAAGUUGGGCACGACUUGAUAAUAUCACACUUGAACAAGUUGUACCCGGAUAAAUUGCAUCGACAAGGUGUCAAAGUCUUGGUACCAAGUUGCGGUCUAGGUCGAUUAGUAUUUGAGUUGGUAAUGCAAGGGUAUUGGACUCAGGGCAACAAUUCCGAUUAUCAUACCUUGUUUAUAUCAAAUUUCAUUCUCAAUCAUUGUCAAUUCCCUCAUAGUUUUUCAAUUUUCCCAUUUUUGGCUAGCUCGGCAACGAGUUCGAAAAAGAGACGCAAUCAGAUCCGACCGGUUACUAUACCUGAUGUAUCGCCAACGGCAGAGAUACUAAGUGCUAUGGAGAGGGAGAAGGACAACAGAAAAAUUGGGGAGUCUGCUACUGAGCUGAGUGCAACAAGGAUUGUGGUGCCAUUUGAUGAAUUGAUGUCGAUUACAGCUGGGUCAUUUACUGAGUUGUAUGGAUCUCGACCUAACGAUGACGCUAGUCCAGCUUCGCAGGAGAUUCGCUCGCAGUCACAAGGUGAAUUUGAUGUCGUUGUGACUGAGUUUUGUCUACAUUCUGCAUCGACGGAAAUUAUAGACUACGUACAAACAAUCAAUAAUGUGUUGAAACAAGGUGGGAAAUGGAUCAAUUUCGGUCCGUUACUGGGCACCAAUAGUGGAGACGAUGCUCGUGGUGAUGGAUUGGACUUGUCUCGAGAUGACUUGUUUGAAUUGGUUACGGAAUUGGGAUUUGAAUUUGCCACAACGGAAUUAGACAUUGAAACCACGUAUUGCGGAGAUGCUAGACUGUUGGAGUCACACAUUUACAAAUGCGAUUUUUGGGUUUGUACAAAAGUAAGUAAGGUGUAA